AGAAAAAUUUGUUGCCUGAUAAAUAAUGACGAGAUGAUGCUAUUGAAAUAUGUUAGUUGUACCUUGCACAACUUUCCUCGAAUAACUCAAUACCACGCCGUCGCUUCUUUUUCUUUUGUCUUUGGAGCGACAUAUAUACUCCAGGAAGGCUACCAGAUGCUUUCCUUCUCAGGCGACCAAAGUUCAACUUCAUAUGCAUGCAGCAAGCAAAGCAGCAUCUUGCAAACUUUACUUGUGUCCACCACCAUCCUCAGUUCCCCGCCCUCUGCCCGGCAUGCACAUACGUAUUGGAGCAGCUCUCGGUGUCUUGUUGCCACCACCAGCCCUUCCAUCCCGUCUGCUGUAUCCUCUGCCCCGGAGCCACCGCGUCGUCCAUAGACCUCCGCCUCUGACGCCAUCGACGGCGGCCAUCCUGACCAUGGGCUGCUAAAUCGCACUCUGCAGCCAUCCAGGCCACUGACUGCUAAAGCCUACUCCGCGACCAGCAUCGCAGAUCAACAACUGCUGAGAUAGCAGUGGAGGUGAACUGUCUUUGGACUUGCAACAGGAGGCGACAGAUUGUGGUAGUGAAGAGCACACAAAAGGAGGAGAUGGAGUUUGUAGUGAGUGCUUCGGAAGCCACCAUGAGGUCUCUCCUAGGCAAGUUGGGCAGCCUCCUUGCCCAAGAGUACACUCUGAUCCGUGGCGUCCGCGGUGACAUCCAAUACAUCAGUGAUGAGCUCGCCAGCAUGCAGGCUUUUCUUGGCGACCUCGGCUCUGCCCUGGACAACCACGAUCGCCGGCUCAAGAACUGGAUGAGGCAGAUCCGUGACAUGGCAUACGACAUGGAAGACUGCAUCGAUGACUUUGCUCAUCGCCUCCCUCGGGACUCCCUCAGCGACGUAAGAUGUUCCUUCCUGGUGAUGGCAGUCUACGAGGUGUGGACAUUCAGGCCUCGCCGCGACAUUGCUUCCAAGAUUGCCGAGCUCAAGGUCCGAGCACAAUACAUUGCUGAGAGGCGCAACAGAUAUGGAGUGGACAACCCAAACACAAGAACAAGCUCCCAAGACGGAGCAACCCAUGCUAUUACGUAUGGCAUUGCUGAGCAUUUGGCAGCGAGCCGUCAGCUCAUCCGCACAGAGGACCCCGUGGGAGUGAAGAUGGACAUGGAGAAGCUCCGAGGUUGGCUAACCAAACAUGAUAAAGGCUCUCAUCGAGCUGUUGUGUCCUUGCUUGGAUUUGGUGGUGUGGGAAAGACAACCAUUGCCAUGGCACUGUACCGAGAUUUCAGGAAUGAAUUUGAUUGCCGGGCGUCAGUCACGGUGUCUCAGAACUUCGAUGAAGAUGAAAUCCUCCGGGAUGUUCUUGGGCAAAUCAAACCAGCAAACAGUCAAAUCAAGCCAAAGGAGGAGGGGCAGGAGGGCAACAACAUAGGGAAGUUAAAGAAGAAAAACCUACUGGUAGACCUGAAAAGCUCAGUGAAGCAAGUUGUGCCACUGCUCUCUGGUGACAGGCCGCAAAGCAAUGAUGGCAGCAUGCAGAGUAAGAUAGAAACAAUGAAUCGUGACCAACUUAUCGAAGAACUCAAAAAACGCCUUCUUGGAAGGAGGUAUCUCCUGUUGAUUGAUGAUAUAUGGUCCGUAGAAACAUGGGAGACCAUUAGAAAUUGGUUACCACAUGAUAAUACAAAUGGUAGUAGAGUAAUAGUAACUACAAGAUUUCAAGCUGUUGGCGCAGCGUGCUCAGAAAGAGAUGGAACUGAUUAUGUCCAUACAGUUAAUGUUCUCAAUGAUGCCGACUCCAAAAGCCUAUUUCGUCAGAGUAUUUCUGAAUCCCCAAGCGGGAAAGAAGGUAAAGGAAUGGAUAAAAUAUCUCAAGUUGUUGGUACUGAGUCCUCCAAAGGAGAUGGAACUGAUCAUUUGCCUUCAGCGGAUGUUCCUAGUUUUUCUAAUCCACAAAGCAGGAAGGUUGGGGAGAAAGAAGAGGUCCAUGAGGAGAUAUGGAAAUACUGUGGGGGGCUGCCAUUGGCCAUAGUCACCAUGGCUGGCCUUGUUGCCUGCAACCCUAAAAAAAAGAGUGAUCAUUGGAGUAAAGUUUGCAAGUCAUUAUUUCCAGAGCAAGUGGCUCCCCUUACAUUGGAGGGGGUCACAAGGAUACUUGAUUAUUGCUACAAUGAUUUGCCAGCAGAUCUCAAGACCUGCUCAUUGUACUUGAGCAUAUUCCCCAAGGGCUCAAAAAUUAGUAAGAAGCGUCUGACCCGGAGGUGGAUAUCAGAAUGUUUUGUUUCUGAGAAGGAAGGGCUGAGUGCAGAGGAAGUUUCAGAAACAUACUUCAAUCAGCUUGUAAGAAGGAAGAUAAUACGUCCUGUGGAUCACAGCAGCAAUGGAAAGGUCAAAUCAUUUAAAGUUCAUGACAUGAUCCUUGAAUAUAUCGUGUCCAAGUCAAGUGAAGAGAAUUUUAUUACUGUUGUUGGUGGACAUUGGUUGAUGCCAACUCCUAGCAACAAAGUUCGUCGACUUUCCAUGCAAAGCAGUGGUUCCAAGCAUGGGAAUUCAACAAAAGGCAUGAACUUGUCUCAAGUGCGGUCACUGACGGCAUUUGGAAGCCAAAACCGACGACUCCCAUUCCAUUCAUUCAUUAAUGGAAUAAUACAAGUGCUUGAUCUUGAGGGCUGGAAGGGUUUGACAGAUAAGCAUUUGAAUGACAUAUGUAAAAUGCUUGUGCUGAAGUAUUUGAGCCUCAGACGGACAGAGGUUUCUGAGAUCCCAUCAAAGAUCGAGAAGCUCCAGUAUCUAGAAACUCUUGACAUAAGGGAGACAGAUGUUGGGGUGCUGCCCAAAGCUUUUGGUCAGCUCAAACAGCUCCGUAGCGUGCUUGGAGGGAACAAAAACACAAAGAAGGCUUUGAAGUUGUCACAUGAGAAGAACAAGGAGCCGAUGAAAGCACUUCGGAUCUUGUCAGGGAUUGAGAUCGGUGAGGACUCAUCAGCUGUAGCAAGCCUUCAUCAGCUGACAGGGCUAAGGAAGCUUGCCAUUUACAAGCUCAAUAUAAGGGAGGGCGGUCAGACCUUCAAACAAUUACGCUCCUCCAUUGAGUACCUCUGUAGCUGCGGUCUGCAGACAUUGGCAAUCAAUGAUGAGAGCUCUAAUUUUAUCAACUCACUAGACACCAUGACCACUCCUCCAAGAUACAUCAUCGGCCUAGAGUUGUCUGGCAAGAUGGAAAGGCCCCCACAGUGGAUCAAAGAACUCAAUAACCUCUAUAAGCUGACCCUUUCUGUAACAGUUCUUCGGACUGAAACUUUCAAGCUCAUCCAGGGCCUGCCCAAAUUGUUUACCCUCACCUUCACACUCAGCGCAGACAAGGAUGAUAGGGACAUAGUGGACAUUCUUGAGGAAAAUAAACAGCUUACGGACAGGGAGAUCAUUAUUCCACCUGGAGGAUUCAAGAGUCUAAAGCUGCUUCGCUUCUUUGCUACUCUGGUGCCGAGGCUGAGCUUUGCAGUCACAAGAGAAGAGGUAAUGCCGGCACUGGAGAGGAUCGAUAUGCGGUUUGAGGCCUUUGAAGGGAUUUACGGCAUCGAGACCCUUAAAAGCCUCCAGGAGGUGCAUCUCAGCGUUGGUAAUCAAGCAGAUGAAAUAACCAACUUCUUGGUAGAAGAUUUGAAGGACACCCCUAGGUAUUUGGACAAGAAGUAUGCCAGAAAGUGGCCAAAGAUAAUCACCGAGUGAAGAGAUUCGAAAAUGUCACAUUGUCUAUCGAUGGACCUACAAAUCGUCUGGUAUUGUACAAUUAAGUGGAGACUGUUUCAGCAGAUCCGUGUCGCCUUCUCAAGGGCGAAAUAAAACAACUGCAUCCAUUACUGAUUCUUAUAAUGUGUACGUAUAUGGUACUGCUAAAUCUGUUAACGAUUCUUAUAGUAUUUACUUCUAUUGUAAUGUUACUUCCAUUAUUGAUCUUUCUGAACUUA